CUUGCACUUUGCACGUUGUUACAGCCCCUCCCUGUGAUCCGUGGAAAGUGAAAGGGAAUUCGCUGAGGGCCCUGCCAGCCCCGGAGAAGAUGGCGACUCUGUGGGGAUGGAGGGCAGGGACCAUGGGGCUGGGGGGUCUCCUCAUCCCCCUCCUCUUCCUUGGGGUGGCCGAUUCCCAGCUGGUCCUGUCCGUGGGCCCCUCCCCGGUGAGGGCUGCGCUGGGCUCCGACGUACAGCUGCCCUGCACCUUCACCGUCAUGGAGCGCUUUGAGAUCACUAAGUUCUACCUGGCCUGGUCUCUGGGGGGCCACAGGGUGGCCGAGUACAUCAGAGAACAGAAAAUCUACCAGCAGGGAUCAGAGCUUUUCCCCGAGGAGCUGAGCAGGGGGAACUGCUCCCUGCGGCUGCGCCAAGUGGCCGUUCGGGACGGAGGCAGAUACACCAGCACAGUCAUCUACACGCCCGACAAGGAGGAGAAGCAGCUGGAGCUGCAGGUGACGGCUGCUCCCAGACUCUCCAUCCCCCGGAAAGCAGGAGUGUUAAACGCAGCGACCUCCUUCCCCUGCCACGUGUGGGGAUUCUACCCCCAGGACGUCACCGUCACGUGGCUGAGAGACGGGCGGGUUCUGACCGACGCCACCCGCUCUGCCCCCCAGAGGAACCCGGACGGGACCUUUAACCUCACCCUGACCCACACCUUCACCCCCACCGCGAACGACUCCGGCAGCAUCUUCUCCUGCCACGUCAGCCACGCGGCUCUGGCCCAGCCCCUGCGGGAGGAGUUCCCCCUGGUUAUUGGAGCUCCUCCGAGAAUCUCUGUUCCCAGGCGAUCGGCUGUAAGAAAUACAGAGACCUACUUCCCCUGCCACGUGUGGGGAUUCUACCCCGGGGACGUCACCGUCACGUGGCUGAGAGACGGGCGGGUUCUGACCGACGCCACCCGCUCUGCCCCCCAGAGGAACCCGGACGGGACCUUUAACCUCACUGCAGUUUACAUCUUCACCCCCAUCGAGAGUGACUCCGGCAGCAUCUUCUCCUGCCGCGUCAGCCACGCGGCUCUGGCCCAGCCCCUGCGGGAGGAGUUCCCCCUGGCUGUCACAGAGGCGCAUGGUUCCACCACGGUGCUCACAGCAGUGCUGGGGAUCUCGGUAACACUGGCCGCGGUGACGACAGCGUUAGCCACUUACUUCUGGUGCCGAUGGAAAGGCCUCUGUGCCCCCACCAGCACUGGUGGGAAAGUUCCCUACUCCGACUCUGAGGUACCAGAUGGGAAAGUCUCCAAAUCCGUCUCUGAGGUGCUGGUGCCGGGCGAUGCCAUGGAGGGGACAUUCCCCGAGGACACGGCUGUGACAUGGGAGCGGAUACACGGACAGGACAGGACACUGAUCGGGACUGACGGGGUCAGCGAGGCUGGGGAGGGGCCUGAGCACCAGCCGCUGUUACACCCCCAGCCCCAGCGCUGGAGAGCGACACAGGAGAGAUCAGGGACCUGCCUCAUGGAUAACGGGGCACGGGACAGCUGCAGCUUCCACCACGAGGCCAGAGGGAUCCAAGAGCAGCGAGAGUCUGGGGAGAUCCGGCCGUGGGCCCAGCCGCAGGUGUCCGGGAUCCAGGUGUUACCGCACUGGGAGCCCCGGGACGAGGUGCCGUUUGCCGUCCAGAUCCAGAACUUUUACCCCAGCGAGAUUCACCGGAUCCAGUGGAGCUGUGAUGGGAAAACCUGGGAAAAGUGUGAACCGAUCGACUCCAGCCAGAACCCGGAUCUCACGUUCAGUGCUACCAGCGUCUGGAGAAUCCCCAGUCACCAAAUCACCCGUCCGGAAUUUACAGUCACUGUGUCCGUUCAGCAAAGCCCUCAAAGCCCCGCAAUCGAGAGAGAGAUCAGAGCCGGGGACACAGAUCUCCUGCGGCCCCCAGAGGUGUCGGAAAUCUCCCAACCCGAGUCAGUGAUGGCGGGGGAGGAAAUCACCCUGAGCUGCUGCAUGACAGGGCAUUUCCCCGGGGCGCUGAGUGUGACCUGGCUCAGGAGGGGCCGGGGGGCCGGGGCUGCUGUUCCCCUGCAGGGCUCUGCCGAGUACAGAAUCGAGCUCGGAGCUCCCCGCACACAGGACGGGAAAAGCUUCCAGCAGGAGACGAGACUCAGCUUCACCCCCUCGGUGCAGAGAGACCAGGGGGCCGAGUACAUCUGCCAGGUGGGACACUGUGCCCUACAGACCCCCCUGGAGAGACGCAGCCGGGAGCUGCAGGUGACAGAUGUUCUAGUUCCAAAGACUCCAGUUCUGGGCGAGAUCUCCCGGCCACAGGUCCUGGCCCCUGGGGAGCAGGUUACACUGAGCUGCUUCAUAUCCAGGUUCUACCCCAAGGAGCUGAGAGUGACCUGGCACCGACGGGGAAGAGGAGAGGCGACGUUCAGGUGCUUAGACAACCCGGACACCCACAAGAUUGUCACCCUAGAUCCCAAAGCCAUGCCAGACAGGAAAUCCUACAGCGUGACAUCCCAGCUCCGCUUCACCCCCGUGGUGCCCGGGGACGACGGGGCAGAGUACCGGUGUUCUGUGGAACAUCAGACCCUACAGGAGCCUGAAGCAAAAUCCACUGGGCCGCUGGAGCUGCGAGUCCCACAGGCUCCAGUUCUGGGCGAGAUCUCCCGGCCGCAGGUCCUGGCCCCCGGGGAGCAGGUUACACUGAGCUGCCAAAUAUCCAGGUUCUACCCCAAGGAGCUGAGCGUGGCCUGGCACCGACAGAAAAGAGGAGAGAUGGUGUUCCGGUGCUUAGACAACCUGGACACCCACAAGAUUGACACCCCAGACCCCACAGCCGCCGCAGACGGGAAAUCCUACAGCGUGACGUCCCAGCUCCGCUUCACCCCUUUGGUGCCCGAGGACGACGGGGCAGAGUACCUGUGUUCUGUGGAACAUCAGACCCUACAGGAGCCUGAAGGGAAAUCCACUGGGCCGCUGGAGCUGCGAGGUACGAGCGAGCGGGGCCGGAUGGCCACCCUCUCCCAUUGGAGGCCAAAAACUCAAGUUCCGUAUGGUCUCCCUGUAAGUAACUGUUUUUUUUACCCCGAGGGGAUUCACCAGAUCAAGUGGAGCUGGGACGGAGCAGAGAGAUGGAGAGACGAGAGCCCAGAAAUCAGCCAGAACACGGAUCUCACGUUCAGCGCUACGAGUGUCUGGAGAAUACCCCGCCGGGGACUGAACCGUCCGGAGCUCAGAGUCCAAGUGUCCGUUCAGCAAACCCCUCAAAGCCCCGUGAUCGAGAGAGAGAUCAGAGCCAGGGACACAGGUCUCCUGCGGCCCCCGGAGGUGUCAGAAAUCUCCCAACCCGAGUCAGUGAUGGCGGGGGAGGAAAUCACCCUGAGCUGCUGCAUGGAGGGGCAUUUCCCCGUGGAUCUGAGUGUGACCUGGCUCAAGGGCAGGGGGGCCAGGGCUGCUGUUCCCCUGAAGGGCUCUGCCGAGUACAGAAUCGACCACGGAGCUCCCCACACACAGGACGGGAAAAGCUUCCAGCAGGAGACGAGACUCAGCUUCACCCCCUCGGUGCAGAGAUACCAGGGGGCAGAGUACGACCACCGGGUGGGACACGAUGCCCUAUGGACCCCCAUCGAGAAGUGCAGAGGAAUGAGGGGCACAGAGCCAGCGGGUGGCUCUGGGAUCCCAGGCAGCAAGACUCCCAAAGAGAUGUGGACAAAGACCUCGGGGUUCCAGGACACACAGGACCACCCACAGACCCACAAACCUCCACCCGCCAAGCCUGUCUGCACCUUCCCCCACCCCACGCCUGCCCGGGGCCUGGCACCAGCCCAGGUGCCUCGGAGGUCUCUCUGUGCAGGGAUCCCCUGCCUAGAGGCCCAUGUGAACACCACGCACUCAGUGUCAGAGCUGGGGGCACAGAGUGACCUUCAGGUCAAUCCUUUGACUUGUGUCAAAUCACUGACGAGGAUGUUUGAGAGCCAGAUCCAACAACUGCACCCACCUCCCAUCCAACCCCGGCAGCACAGUGGCCCCCAGAGGCCGUGAGCUUUUCCAAUCCAACAGCAAACCCCUCUUUGGCAUAGACCGUAUCCUUAUAAAUAAUGGCAUAGAGAGCACACUUAUAAAGUUUGCAGACGAUACCAAGCUGGGAGGGGUUGCAAGUGCUUUAGGGGACAGGAUUAUAAUUCAAAAUGAUCUGGACAAACUGGAAAAAUGGUCUGAAGUAAAUAGGAUGAAAUUCAAUAAGGACAAAUGCAAAGUUCUCCACUUAGAAGGAACAAUCAGUUGCACACAUGCAAAGUGGGAAAUGACGGCCUAGGAAGGAGUCCUGCGGAAAGGGAUCUGGGGGUCAGAGUGGAUCACAAGCUAAAUAUGAGUCAGCAGUGUAACACUGCUGCAACAAAAGCGAACAUGAUUCUGGGAUGUAUUAGCAGGAGUGUUGUAAGCAAGACACGAGAAGUCAUUCUUCCGCUCUGCUCUGCGCUGAUACAGAAUCAGCUGGAGUAUUGUGUCUAGUUCUGGGUGCCAUAUUUCAGGAAAGAUGUGGACAAAUUGGAGAAAGUCCAGAGAAGAGCAACAAAAAUGAUUAACGGUCUAGAAAACAUGACCUAUGAGGGAAGAUUGAAAACACUGCGUUUGUUUAGUCUUGAGAAGAGAAGACUGAGAGGUGACAUGAGAACAGUUUUCAAGUACAUAAAAAGUUGCUACAAGGAAAAGGGAGAAAAAUUGUUCUCCUUAACCUCUGAGGACAGGACAAGAAUGGGCUUAAAUUGCAGCAAGGUAGGUUUAGGUUGGACAUUAGGAAAAACUUCCUAACUGUCAGGGUGGUUAAGCACUGGAAUAAAUUGCCUAGGGAGGUUGUGGAAUCUCCAUCAUUGGGGAUUUUUAAGAGCAGGUUGGACAAACCCCUGUCAGGGAUGGUCUAGAUAAUACUUAGUCCUGCCAUAAGUGUAGGGGCCUGGACUAUAUGACCUCUCGACAUCCCUUUGGGACUCUCUGUCUCGGGGGAACACCCUGCAUCCCCCCGUUCAUCCUUAUAAUAUGAUUGUGUGGUAUCCAAUGCAAAGUUUGUCAUGUCGGGUGUCUUCGGAAGGCUCAUGAUGCACUGAGCAUUGUUGUUAUAGUCAUGUUAUAGGUUGUAAUUUCAUGUAUAUAGUUAUGAGACUGAAAAUGUGUCCUCAUGGCUUAAAAAAAGCCCAGACAAAAUCCAAGAGCAGAGGGGCAGUUCACACCUCAUCAGGGCAUGGAUGGGACAAACCCAGCCCAGCCUCACAGGAACAAAGGACACUGGCCUAGGCAGCAACAAAGGAUCUGUUGGACUCUCGAGUGAGUCACCCCCCUUCCCUUGGUCAGUUUGGGACGGCGAUGAGGUGAUGCUCACCUGACCCUGAAAGGGGGGGCGCAAAGCCAAGAGGGAAGAAAGAACAUGAUAAAAGGGAGAGACAUUUGCCAUGCUCUUCCUCUCUCUUCCACCUCCAUCUACAGACAUCACUACCAAGCGACUGAAGCGCUGAUCGAAGGGGAGAGCCUGGCUGAAGGACAACCAGCCAGCCUGUGGUGAGAAGCAUCUAAGUUUGUAAGGGCAUUGAAAGUGUUAAGAUCAGCUUAGAAUGCGUUUUGUUUUUAUUUCAUUUGACCAAAUCCGACUUGUUAUGCUUUGACUUAUAAUCACUUAAA